UCGGCACCAUCCCGGGGUUCACCGUGCCCGGGAUGGGGGGCGGGUGGGGCGGGGGCUACGGCGGGCCCGACGGCGGGUACUCGCGCGGCGGCGUGGUGGCCUCCACCACCGUCUGCUCCGAGAAGGGCCCCUGCUACAAGAAGAAGCUGACGUGCCCCAAGAAGUGCUUCUCCUCAUACAGCGGCUCCGGCAAGGGGUACGGCGGCGGCGGCGGCGGGGGCGGCUGCACCGUCGACUGCAAGACCAAGUGCAUCGCCUACUGCUGAAUGCCGAUCGAUCGUACGUACGUACGGGGAGCUCGGCGGCUCCUUGGCUUCCAUGGUCAUCGAUGGCGCCGGUGAGCACCGCAUUAUACAUAGCUAGCAUGCGUGAUAUGCAGAGGAGGCGUGCAUACGACUAUGUGAACGUAUGUUUCUUCCCCGAUGAUUUUAUCAGCUGUAAUAUCGUCGCCUCCUGGGUGUCAGAAUCGCUAUGAACUAUGAACAAAUAAGCAGAGAGAUAUGCAUGACAUGGUACUCUUGGGUCUUGCUGUUUCUUCAAA